ACCUCUGCAGCAAUCCUUUUUAUCCAUUAACCAGGGGAGGUCUCCUGUGUGUACUUCUCCUUCCUUGCGGUCGAUGGAAGGCGUCGCUAUGAAACUCCCUUGUUUGAAUGUUUUAAACCAUAAGCCCGUCGUUCAAAGCUUUGCAACCGUUCCUUUAGGGUUUCGAAGAUUUUCUUCUUCUGCAAUCACCGCCGCUCCGGUAUCCGCUUCGCUCGGACACUUUGUUAGACAAGAUUUUCCGAUUCUCCAUCAGGAGGUAAAUGGAUCAAGCCUUGUUUACCUGGACAAUGCUGCGACUUCACAAAAACCAACUGCCGUUUUGAAUGCUUUGCAGAACUAUUAUCAAAACUACAAUUCAAAUGUGCACCGUGCGAUCCAUUUCUUGAGUGCGAAGGCUACAGAUGAAUAUGAAUUAGCAAGGAAAAAGGUGGCAAAUUUUGUUAAUGCAUCAGUACCCCAAGAGAUUGUCUUUACACGGAAUGCUACUGAAGCGAUAAAUCUUGUAGCCCACUCUUGGGGUCGUUCGAAUGUAAAAUCAGGGGAUGAGAUUGUACUCACAGUUGCUGAACAUCACAGCGCUAUAGUUCCUUGGCAAAUUUUGGCUCAAGAAACUGGUGCUGUUUUGAAGUUUGUUGGCUUGACAGAAGAAGAGGUUCCUGAUAUUGAGAAGAUGGAAGAAAUGCUUUCAAAGAAGACAAAACUUGUCGUCGUCCACCAUGUCUCGAACACCCUUGGUUCUGUUCUUCCUAUUGAUGAAAUCACAAUUUGGGCUCAUAAUGUUGGGGCAAAAGUUCUUGUAGAUGCUUGUCAAAGUGUUCCACACAUGGUGGUUGAUGUGCAGAAUUUAAAUGUUGAUUUCCUUGUUGCAUCUUCACACAAGAUGUGUGGGCCUACAGGCAUUGGAUUCUUGUACGGUAAAGGCGAACUCUUGUCAAAGAUGGAUCCUUUCUUAGGUGGUGGUGAAAUGAUUGUUGAUGUGUUUCUGGACCACUCUACCUAUGCAGACCCUCCUUCCAGAUUUGAAGCUGGAACACCUGCAAUCGGAGAAGCCAUAGGGCUUGGUGCAGCAAUUGAUUAUUUGUCUGGGAUUGGCAUGCAACAUAUCCAUGAUUAUGAGACCGAGUUGGCCAAGUAUCUGUACGAAAAUCUCUGUUCCAUCCCUGGUAUCCGCAUCUAUGGUCCUAUGCCUUCACAAACUGUCCACCGUGCUGCUCUUUGUUCAUUCAAUGUUGAGAAUAUUCACCCAACGGAUAUCGCAACUAUUCUUGAUCAGCAGCAUGGGGUGGCCAUCCGAUCAGGUCAUCAUUGUGCUCAGCCUCUUCACCGUCAUUUGGGAGUCAAUGCAAGUGCUCGUGCAAGCCUUUAUUUCUACAAUACCAAAGAAGAAAUUGACAUAUUUAUUCAAGCUCUGAAAGAAACCAUCAGCUUCUUCUCUUGAAAGGUAGUUUCUUUCACUUUUUCACUUGUAUAGUCUGUUUAAGAUAUCCUUCAAAACUAUUUAUAUUUAAGAUAGGAAGCAGUUGUAUAUUGAUUAUUCUUGCCACGUGUUGGCAAUGUAUUUUUUUAAAACUUUUCUCCGCAGUAAGAGAUUCUUGUAA